UCAUACGGCAUCCACACAAUCGGCAUGGAGAGCAAAGAAUGGCAGCAGACGGUCAAAGACCAAACCUUCAUAAUCUCGACGGCACCGACGCUUCCCCAUGCAUUCAUCCAGCAAGCAUUCAGCACGUCAGCCAUGUACUGGGCCAAGCCUGUGUCGUCUGAACAUGUGCAGAAGCUCGUCGACAACUCGUGCACACUAGGCCUCUACUGCCUUGAGAACACCAACGACGGCAAACAUCAACGCACGCCCAUUGGAAUGGCACGCAUGGUGACCGACUACGUAACGCUCGCGUACCUAACGGACGUGUACGUACAAGACGAGUAUCAGGGCCUGGGACUGGGCAAGUGGAUGGUUCGAUGCUGCCGGGCCAUUGCGGUGGAUAUGCCGGAACUUCGGUUCAUGAUCCUUCUGACGGGCUCUGAGCAGGCGCAGAAUCUGUACAGGAGGGAACUGGGCAUGAAGGUGAUGGGGAGCGAGGAGAAACUAACGGCCAUGGGCGCGCGAAGAGCGAGCCUGGAGGAAGCGGCGGCAUCACCACCAAGCUGA